GAGGGGCCCGGGGCGACUGCAGCUGCAGCCCGGGCAGAGAUGGCGCAGCGGGGCCUGGCAGCCGAGUUCUGGCAGGUGCCGGCGGUGACGCGCGCCUACACGUCCGCCUGCGUGCUCACCACGGCCGCCGUGCUGGAGCUCAUCACCCCCUUCCAGCUCUACUUCAACCCGGAGCUCAUCUUCAGGAAGUUCCAGGUCUGGAGGCUGGUCACCGCCUUCCUCUUCUUCGGGCCCCUGGGCUUCAGCUUCUUCUUCAACCUGCUCUUCCUGUACCGGUACUGCCGCAUGCUGGAGGAGGGCUCCUUCCGGGGCCGCACGGCCGACUUCGUGUACAUGUUCCUCUUCGGGGGCGCGCUCAUGACGCUCUUCGGCCUUCUGGCCAGCCUCUUCUUCCUGGGCCAGGCCUUCACCGUCAUGCUGGUGUACGUGUGGAGCCGCCGCAACCCCUCCCUGCGCAUGAACUUCUUCGGCCUCCUCAACUUGCAGGCGCCCUUCCUGCCCUGGGUGCUCCUGGCCUUCUCGCUGCUCCUGGGCAACUCGAUCCUGGUGGACCUGCUGGGGAUUGCUGUGGGCCACAUCUACUACUUCCUGGAAGACGUCUUCCCCUACCAGCCGGGGGGCAAGAAGCUCCUGCUCACCCCGGGCUUCCUGAAACUGAUCUUUGACCCCCGGGAAGAGGACCCGGACUACAACCCCCUCCCCGAGGAGCCGCGGUGACCCCUCCCUCCCCCGCCCCCUCCAAAUGACUGCAACUGGAAUAAAAUCUUGGCAGGCUCCGGAAAGACCUGGCUUCCUCCGGUGGGGGGGGGGGGGCAGGUGGGGGCUUCUCGGCUUUGCCCCGAGUCUUUCCCCGGCCUGACGAAGGAAGAAGCCACCUGGGGCCCCAGGCCCGCCUGGUCUAGGUCAGAAGUCCUGGGUUCAAGCCCAGCCGCCCCAGCUGUGCAAGGGGACCACAGUGACGCCAGAGGCCCAGGCUCAGGAGGAGACAUGAACGCCCACCUUCUCUUUAUUUAAGAAAUCUUCCCGCUGGGCCGCGGCAGCCACAGGCUACAAGCCAAUGGGCCCGGCCCAGGUCACGUGGCGCGGCCGGACGGGGCAGGUGGCCGAGGGCAGCAGCCGCUCCCGCCCGGAGGAAAGGCAAAGGGGCCCGUCUUGGGAGGCUUCCACGCGGCCCAGGGGCUCACCAGGCUGGGGCCGUGUUGGCGAGACGUCGCAUGCGCCUGGGGAGCAGAGGGGAGAGAGUGAGUGGGGGCCGCGCCCCGGCUGCCCCCCCCCAGGCCCCCCAGGGUCAGGACAGACAGAGGGCACCUGGUAUUGCGGUCCUGGUCUCUGAUCUUCUUUUCCAUUUCAGCGUCGGUCAAGGUCUCCAGGAGGGGGCACCACUGGUCGGCGUCCCCAGUAUUCCGAAUGGCAAUCUCCACCGUGGGCAGAGGGUUCUCACUGAGGGAAGGGACAGAGCAGGAGCUGGGAGGGGCACGCCCCAGGCCCGCGGCCUUGUCUCCCCAGCAGAGUCGGCUCGGGGUUCCGCUGUGGGCUGGGCUUCAAAGGGUGCUCUCUGCCCGGGAGCCUAAUCACUUGUCUCGCCCCCCCCCCCCCUUCCGGGAGGAUUCUGCGGCUCCACCGUCAUCCCCCACCCCCGCCCCGAACUACUUCUUCUGUAGCUGUUCUGUUGCCGUGUCCCUGCUCCCAGCCCUGGGCCCUCGCGCAGUCCUUGGCCUCUGCCAGCUCACGCCCUCCGUCUCCAAUGGGCCCAAAGACACCGCGGGGCACCGAGGUGAGCAGCGUCGCUCUCUUCGGGCCUCCCAGUGCAGUGGCAGGGCAAGGUCAGGACAACCACGCGGAGCCUUUGUCGUCUUUGACCUCUGUCCACGGUCUGGCGCUCCACCCCCCUUCCUGGUCUGAGGUCUACUGAGCAGACCGGCCUGGCUGCUGGACAUGCACAGCUGGGUGGCCCGUGGACCCCAAAGCUUAAUAAAUCCGUAUUAAUAGAGAA